AUGCUGGACGGCAACCUGUCGGCCGCGCAUGUCCCCUACUCCUACGGCUUCAGCAUCAUCCUGCUCACCCUCCUGGUCAAGGUGGUGACCUGGCCCCUGGCCAAGAAGCAGGCUGAGUCCACCUUUGGCAUCCAGGCCAUCCAGCCCCGGCUCAAGGAGCUGCAGGCCCAGCUCAAGGACAAGCCGGCCGAGCUGCAGGCGCAGACUGCGGCGCUGUACCAGAGCGCGGGGGUCAACCCCCUGGCGGGGUGCCUGCCCGCCCUCGUCACCAUCCCCAUCUUCAUCGGCCUUUACAGGGCACUGUCAAAUGUUGCGGACGAGGGGCUCCUGGGCGAGGGCUUCUUCUGGAUUCCAUCCCUGGCAGGCCCAACCACCAACCAGGGUGGCCUGGGGUGGCUGAAGCUGGCCGGCGGGGCGCCGCCUCUGGGCUGGCAUGACACCAUUGCCUACCUGGUCCUGCCAGUGCUGCUGGUUGUGUCGCAGUACAUCAGCCAGAAGGUACUGCAGCCGCCCUCGGCCGAUCCCUCGCAAGCCGCGCAAUCCAAUGCCAUCCUCAAGUUCCUGCCCCUCAUGAUCGGCUGGUUCUCUCUCAACGUGCCCUCUGGGCUUGGUCUCUACUGGCUGACAAACAACCUUGUGACCACUGGGCAGCAGCUCUACUUCCGCCGGCAGUUUGCGGGCGCAUCCGCAGGGUCUGGGAGCGAGAUCCAGAGUGGGACCUCCAGUUCACAGCCGUCCUCGUCGCAAGUGUACGAUGUCGAGGCCACAGAGGUCAAGCCCAGCGGCAAGGAGCUGAAUGCGCGGCGGUCGUCAAACGCGUCCUCCUCCAGCCGGGGAAAGAAGUUCAAGGCACUGCGGGAACGUGAGGCCGCCCAACGGACACAGGGCGGGGCAUCGGCGGCCGAGGCGCCUGAGCGCAGCAAGUCUGGGGUGGCCACCAUCAGCGCAGAGCGGGGGGAGGCGGAGAGGCUGAAGGUGCCUGAUGCGCCCCCCGCCAAGAAUAACAAUAGGGAUUGA